AUGAGUAGUUGCUCGCCAACAAUGGGCGCAGAGGGAAAAAUGGCAAGUGCUAGCAGUAUGGGGCAGCAUGUGGAGGUCGCUGACAGCCACUCGGUGCAGCUGUUGGGAGCGAUAGAAGCGUCGCCAUCAUCGCUGUCGUCGUUGUCGUCAUCGUCGUUACCUGCUGAAGUCAACUUCAGUGGAAAGGAACACAGUGUAGACAGUAAUUUCCUGACACCGCGUGCGGCACGUGAAGGAACGCCGCCACGGGCGGAUGCGCAGAUCGAAAUAGGUUUACCACCGCGAACGCCGCCGACCGGAUGUGCCAGUGGUGAUAGUGGUGAAAGCAACAGUGCCAAUAGCAGCAGCGAACCCAGCAUCGCUGGAGCGCAACCGACAGCAGAGGCCAGCCAGCCAAAAAAGAAGGUCAUUCGGCGCAUCGUAAAGGUCCGGCGCGUCGUCAAAAAGAUGAAGAAAAAAGACGAAAAGUUCUAUCUGCGAACAGCAUUUGACCUGCUCGACCGUGACCAGGAUGGGCACGUGACACCAGAAGAGCUGCAGUUCAUGCUGCGAAACCUCGGCAUCCACGUGCGAGACGAACUGAUCGACGAUCUGCUGCGGGAAGCUAGUCGGACAGGCAGCGGGCUGAUAGACGAAACAGAGUUCCUGCAGUGGGUGGCGAGAAUACAGGCCCUAAAAGACGACAGCAACACCAGUAGCAGCAGUAGCAGUAGCAAUAAUCCCGCCCAGUCAGCCGACGACGAUCUAACGCAGGAUCUAGUGGCAGCGUUCCGAGUAUUCGAUCGCGAUGGCAAUGGGUACAUAACGCGAGACGAGCUGAAAUCCGCCAUGGAUAUGAUCGGUGAGAAUGUGACCGAGUACCAGCUAAACGAAAUGUUGGAGCUUGCCGACGCGGAUAAGGACGGCCGAAUCAACUACGAAGACUUUCAAAACUUUUUCCUAAACAAUUUCGAUGCGCUGGUGCAACCUCCCAAGAAGUGA